UGCGGCGUUCGUAGGCGCUACGAAAGCUUCGGCUGAGUUGCGCUAUAUAAACAGAGCCUCCCUCCCACCUCGAUGCAACCCCGCCCUGCCCUCACCUGUUGACUUGCACCAAUUGGCCUUGCUCAUCGUCAUCUCCACCCAUCUUGAGCUCCAGAGGCCUUUCUAGCCAUGGGUAAGGAGAAGGUUCACAUCAACAUCGUGGUCAUCGGCCAUGUCGACUCCGGCAAGUCCACGACCACGGGCCACCUCAUCUACAAGCUCGGAGGCAUCGACAAGCGCGUCAUCGAGAGGUUCGAGAAGGAGGCCGCCGAGAUGAACAAGAGGUCCUUCAAGUACGCCUGGGUCCUCGACAAGCUCAAGGCUGAGCGCGAGAGGGGCAUCACCAUCGACAUUGCCCUGUGGAAGUUCGAGACCACCAAGUACUACUGCACCGUGAUCGACGCUCCCGGACACCGUGACUUCAUCAAGAACAUGAUCACCGGGACCUCCCAGGCCGAUUGCGCCGUGCUCAUCAUCGACUCCACCACCGGUGGCUUUGAGGCUGGUAUCUCCAAGGACGGCCAGACCCGUGAGCACGCCCUCCUUGCCUUCACUCUUGGUGUCAGGCAGAUGAUCUGCUGCUGCAACAAGAUGGACGCCACCACCCCAAAGUACUCCAAGGCUCGGUACGACGAGAUCGUGAAGGAAGUGGGGUCCUACCUGAAGAAGGUGGGGUACAACCCGGACAAGAUCCCCUUCGUGCCCAUCUCUGGGUUUGAAGGUGACAACAUGAUCGAGAGGUCGACGAACCUGGACUGGUACAAGGGCCCGACCCUCCUCGAGGCGCUGGACCAGAUCAACGAGCCGAAGCGGCCGUCGGACAAGCCCCUGCGCCUUCCCCUGCAGGACGUGUACAAGAUCGGCGGCAUCGGCACCGUCCCGGUGGGCCGCGUGGAGACGGGCGUCCUGAAGCCCGGCAUGGUGGUCACCUUCGCGCCUACCGGCCUGACGACGGAGGUGAAGUCGGUGGAGAUGCACCACGAGUCGAUGCAGGAGGCGCUGCCGGGCGACAACGUGGGGUUCAACGUGAAGAACGUGGCGGUCAAGGACCUGAAGCGCGGCUACGUGGCGUCCAACUCCAAGGACGACCCCGCCAAGGAGGCCGCCAGCUUCACGGCGCAGGUGAUCAUCAUGAACCACCCGGGGCAGAUCGGCAACGGCUACGCGCCGGUGCUGGACUGCCACACGUCCCACAUCGCCGUCAAGUUCUCGGAGCUGCUGACCAAGAUCGACAGGCGCUCCGGCAAGGAGCUCGAGAGCGCCCCCAAGUUCCUCAAGAACGGCGACGCUGGGUUCGUGAAGAUGAUCCCGACCAAGCCCAUGGUGGUGGAGACGUUCUCGGAGUACCCGCCGCUGGGGCGGUUCGCUGUGCGCGACAUGAGGCAGACGGUGGCCGUCGGCGUGAUCAAGAGCGUGGAGAAGAAGGACCCGACGGGAGCCAAGGUCACCAAGGCUGCGGCGAAGAAGAAAUAAACGGUCGAUCCGUGGAUGUUACCCUUAUAACAUCAUAGCUAGUGGAGUAUUUUGGCUAGAAAGUUUACAUAAUCGUAUUGUCGGACAAGUUUGGUUGUUUUGGUCUCUCGCAGUGUUUAUUAUUACAGUAUGUGUCAGUUUCCAGAAUCAA